GCCUUCCCAAGAUGCACCGGGGCGCCCGUCCCGCAUUUCCACCCGUGCGUCGGAGGAGCGCGCGUCGUCGCGAGGUCGUCGUCGCUUGUGUGUUGCCGCCUCCGCCGACGGCCGCCGUUCGAGGCGGGCUGCGACGAUGAAGUGUGUGCGAGCAGGGGCUUUGUGAUCGCGGCGGUGACCGUCGUGGGUGGUUGACGCCGUCCGGGACGUGCGAACGGCGCCGACGCGGCCGCUGGUGCCCAAUGUUGUGCUGGAAGAGGACCGUCGUCGUGCCGCUGCUGGCGUCGCGGGCACUCUACACCUGAGGAUUAAGUGUUCGUGGACCCGUCAGCGGCCCCAACAUGACACGCCAGCGGAGGGAACAUGACAGAAGCUAGCUUUCACGAUGGUGGCUGCCUGGUUCGUGUUCGGGCCCAGGUAAUGACUCGGGACGAUUCGACGGGCGGCUGGGUGCCCCUCGGGGGCGGAGGCCUGAGCAGCGUCUCCGUGCGGAAGCGCUGCGACGUGGCUCCGCCCCCCCCGCCAGCCGUCGGAGGGGGGGGCCCCACGCCCUCCACGGGGGGCGGCGGCUGCUGCUACCAGAUCACGGGCGAACGGGAGGCCGGGGUGCUGCUCUCGUGCGGCAUCGGCCGGGACUUCACCUACAACAAGGUCAUGCCCACCUUCCACCACUGGCGGGCCGGCGACCACAAGUUCGGCCUCACCUUCCAGACGUCGGCCGACGCCAGGGCCUUCGACAAGGCCGUCCGGGUCGCCAUGGAGGACCUCCUAGACGGUGUGGGGGACUUGUGCGGUGCGCUGCACGACUCAGACAUCGGGGACGACGAGGUAUUCAUGACGCUGGAGCUGCCCGUCGAGUCCCGCUCCUCGUCCGGCUCGUCCUCUGCCGGCAGCGGCCUGUCACCCUACUCGGCCAACCACCUGCACCGGAUCAACUAUGUCCGUAAGGACACCUCACAGGGACCCAACAACAAGAGCAGCUACAUAGAGGACAGCGCCCUCCCCGGCGAGCCCUACUCCUACGUCCAGUUUGCCAAGCACGAGUACUCGUACCCGCUGGUCGAAGCCCUCAAGAGCGGCGUCCGGGCGGACCCCCAGGCGCCGGCCUCGGGGAACAACGGACCCCCCGCCGCCCCCAAGAAGCCCCCCGGCGGAGCGCCCCCGCUGCCCAGCAAGGCGCGUUCCGGUGGCAACACCGGGGGCGCACCCCCCAAGCGCCGCCAGUGCCGCCACUGCCUCGAGGAAUUCUCGGAGGACGCCAACGCGCGGGGCUCGUGCGAGUAUGCGCCGGACGGCGUGCUGUCGUGCAUCAACGCGGCCUCGUGCAUCUCGUGUGCCCACUGCAUGCUGUACCACUGCAUGGCCGACGCGGAGGGGGACUUCAGCCAGCGGCCGUGCUCGUGCUCGGGGACGCCUCGGGACUGCCGGAGGCGGUGGGCCGGACUGGCGCUCCUGUCGCUCCUCGUGCCCUGCCUCUGGUGCUACCUGCCCCUGAGGGCGUGCCACCGGGCGGCCGUGGCCUGCGGACUGUGCGGGGGCCGCCACCAGGCCUGACGGGACCCUCUUCCUUGUUAUCGUUGAUGUUGCCGUUGUUGUUUCACGCCCGUUUUUUGUACGUGCAUCGUCGUGGCGGGGGGGACUAGUGUUGUUGUUGCCGACUGCCACAGACGACGCCCCUUCUGCGUCGGGCGCCCGACCGCGACGGAAAGGAGCUACGAGGGUUCCCGAAGCCCGGUUCACGUCGACCGUGUCCCUGCGCGCGUGUGUGCAAGGUGGAUACGGUGUUGCAGAGAUGUGCUACCCGGCUCACUAUAGUCGUUCGCGGGUUAAGAAUGUAGUAAAUGUUCCGCCUUUAAGCGCGACCGUCCCGCCUUCGGUGGCGCUUCGUCGCACGCGCAGCCAAAUCCCAGCAGGAGGCAACGAGCGCUUGCUAGGGGCGGAGCCUCUGCUGCAUUCUUAACCUGUGGCCGACCGUAGCUGUAGCGCGAGCGACGAAGGGAUGGCCCCUCUGGUGGUACGGUUACGAACCGGUCGGCCAUUCCGGGACACGGCAACGUGACGAGCGCAGCGUCGGACGUGCGCUUGAUGCGGAGGGGGAGUCGGUCGCGACGACGUUAGGCUUCACCUAGGCCGUGCAAAUGCGGCACGUUAGGCCUAGUUCUUUUUUAUACAUUGCCAGGAGGGACAGGGACAACGGAGACGUGACGGUGCCCGGCGCGUCAUCGGUGGGGUAAGGGACGGCCGUCCCUAAAUACGUCUGGGGCGAGUGUUUUGGUGGACGCCACAAAUGGGCCUUUUCUGGCCUGCGGUGGAUGCUGGCGCAUAUACUUAGAAGAAAAAAAAAAAAAAAAAGAAGGAAGAGGCAAAUUAGCCAAAAAUAUGUGGGGAGAGGUGAAAUAGUGAAAUGAUUGAAAAUUAAUAUAGGUAAAAUGGGGGAGAGGUGAGCUAGUGAGUGCUUUUGGGGAUAGGUGAAAUGACGGAAACAUGUGGGAAGAGGUGAAAUAGCUAGAAUUGUGGGGAGAGGCUAAUUUGCUAAACAUGUGGGGAGACGUUAAAUAGUUAACACAUCUGGGAAUAGAUGCAAUUGUGGAAACAUGUAGGGACAGGUGAAGCAGUUAAAAUGUGGGAGGGGAAAAAUAGCUGAAAUGUAGGGAGAGGUGAAAUUUUAGAAUGUGGGGGUGAUGCAAAAUAUUUAAAACAUGUAGGGAGGGUCGGAGUAGUAACAACCUGGCGGAGGUGAUGGAUAGCUAAAACAUGUGGAGGGAGGCAAACUAGCAAAAAUGUGUACAUAUGUGCAUGUUCGAGAAGCUCAUGCUCGCGUAAUACUCUCAUCAGCUCUUCUCCAAGAAUACACAGCUAACUCGGAGACUGGCACGAAAGUUUUGUCAAAAAUAAAUACAUAUGCCCACCGCUAGGCACCGUCUUUAAUUACGCAGAAAGGGUCCAUUAUCAUCAACAAACUAGACCUAACGCACCGUGGCGGUGCUUACCUGGCGGUUGACUUAGUAAAUCUCUCGCAUUGCCUCUGGUUUGUCACGCCGUAGCUUCCCGAGCGAUCAAUGCGAACGUUUCAUACCUCUCGAGCACAACUAAAAUGUGUUAAGCCUAAGUUAAGGGGGGUUAUUGCAGACACGCUACGAGUGCUGUGGCUUUUUACCAGAUGGCAACCACCGAACGCAUUCAGCGGAUGGUUUUUUCAGCAUGCCGGCGGGGACCUUCCCCACCGUUGCCGCCGCCGUCACUCCCAAGCGCCACCCUCCGCCAUCCACGGCGUUCCGCGCCCGCCGUGGGAGUGCUUCUCGAAGCACACGGCGGAGGACUGUCCUGUAACCGAGGCCGACGUUACGAGAUCAGCGUGGUUGAGAAACUCCCAUUGAUACGAGCAAUGAGGGAGGCUUCCAACGUUCGCGCCUUUUUUGGGGGAAGUGAUAGUUUUGCGCCCCUGGGAGUUUGCCGGCCAGCAGUAUCUAGCAACGUCGACCGAGAUCGACGGAGGAUUGUGUCGUGCCUGUGUGUGUGUCCGCACGUACCUGCGUCCGUACGUGCUCUCUCCGGACUUGCUGCGACGGCGUCGUCCGUCGGGCGACCGCAACGAGGAAGAAUCUGACGGGUGUCCGCAAAAGGCCGCGCCGCUCCCGACGUCGUCUGCCAAAAAGUCUGCAAAUGGAACAACCACGCCACGCGUCGUGGCGGCAUUUUUCUCUCGGAGACUUCCAGCGGCCUCGUCCCCAACUUCCGUCUCAAGCUCGCCUCCGACUCGAGCGGUUUUAAAUCAGCGGAUUUUUCUACGCCAAGUUUGCGGGCGACGUUUCGUAGUCGAGCCCAGAUCGUCCACGUGGAUCGGCUCCGACUUUGGCUUUGCGUGUCUCCGAGGGACGGCCAUGCGACUGGCACCCGUUCCUUCCCCUUGGCCGAACAAGUUGCUCAUCUUCCGCUUGGCUAGUUUGCACGAGGAAUCCAUGCAAAACAAAAGAGGAAAAAGAAGCAAACAUGGCGCUGUUUAAGGCCCCACAUGCUGCAGAGAGAGAGUGAGCAAGUUUUGUAGUUCCCUUUUUCUUUUUGUACCGUUUUUUUUUUUAGUCUUCUCAUCAUCAACAUGUCUUUGCAGUUUUCUCCGCUUCCAAAGAAACCGUCGCAUUGUGUUGUUUUGUGUUGGAGGGUGCAUCUGUUGUAGCAAAGUGCGUACGCCAAACCGUUUUUUUUUUCUCGCUCCCGCUUAAGGCGGAGAAAUGUUUACGGCGGGGCUCUUUCUACUGCGAGGGGACACCAGUCUGCUUGUUCGUACCAUCGCACAUUUUUCUUUUUAUUUAUUGAAACAGUUUGCACCCGGCUUUCUCGAAGUUGGGCGUUUCUGCGCACGAACUGCUCGAAGAAAGCGCUCGGGUCUGGGUGGGGAAGGGGAGUCGAAAUUGCAUAGUCAUCCCGCACGGUGAGACAUUGACGGCGGUGUGUUGUGUUGCUGGUGUGCGGCGGGUCGCGCGCAAAGUGUUUUGUCCAUUUGCGAAAAUUUCCAGUGUGUCUCGUGUAGCCUGGCAACAUGGUUUCCAUGCCAGGACGGAAGAGCAGGUGCGAAAACGUGAAAGACAGGCGGCUUAGGCCACUCGACCUGCGCCAUCGUCCGCGGAAUUAAUGCGCCGACGUUGGGGGACGGCUCCGAUUCCACAACGUUUUUUGGCCGCUCGGUGCCAGAGAAUCAAAAACGUUGAAAACAGUGCGGUCUGCGUCGAGGCAUGGAAGCACAGACUGAUGACAACGCCUCCUGUCUUGCAAGCACACUCUGUCCAUCGUUUGGCAUUCCUUUGUUGCGGGAAUCGUCGGAAAGUUGUGUCACCCUUUGUAAAUUUGCUCUCGAUGAUGCUCGUCGUAAUGGCGUUCAGUUUCCAGAAGCGUCUGCCGCAAGACGACUAAUUUUAUUCAUACUCGCAAGAGCUUAUUCAGGUGGAUCCCUGCCUGACCCGGCAAGUGUCGCUCACAUUUGGAUUGCUAUCCUUUUCCGUUUAAAGGGAAGCUACGGAGCUUCUUGGAAAAAAUGAGUUAGAAGUGAAUUCUAGUGUAUUUUUAC